UCGCAACACCAAAUAAUUUUUGAUAUCGGACUUAUGUACAACUCAUCAUUGUGUGAUUUUUACAAAUAACAGUGGUUUUUUUUUAGUCGAGGUGGCGUUGUGGAGUAUCUCUCUGCUCCUCCAAGGGCUGCAGCCGCACUGAUGAUACUUUCCUGCGAUGUGGUGGAAAUGAACGACAAUUAAAAGCAAAAGGAGCGAAAACAUACGGAUUCCGUGGUCUGUAUUUUCGCCGCGCUAAGGCUUUUAUCAUAGUUGCUGUUACGAUGUCAUCGCCUGAAAAUGCUGCGUCACAUGAAGUCUGUGAAGAAUCACCCUCUAGAUCAGAGGCUGAACCUCUGAGGAUUGUUUUGUUGGGGAGGACAGGAACAGGCAGAAGCUCCUCUGGCAACACCAUCCUGGGCAGGUCUGCUUUCUGGGUUGACAUCUCCCCCUGUUCCGUAACCAAACAGUGCAAGAGACAGACUGGGACAGUAAAUGGACGUAGCUUAUCUGUGAUUGACACUCCGGGGUUCUUCCACACAAACCUACCCCCUCAGGAAGUCAUGGCAGAGGUGGGGCAGUGUGUUGUCCUGUCCUCUCCGGGGCCCCAUGUCUUUUUGGUGACCCUACAGCCCAACAGGUUCACACAGGAGGAGAGGGAAACCUUGGAGUGGAUCAAGGCAACAUUUGGGCCUGGAGCCACCAGGUUUAUCGUGGUGCUGUUCACCUGGGGAGACCAGCUGCGGGGCAAACAAAUCAAGGACUUCCUGGAGGAGAGCCAUGAGCUGUUUGAGUUUGUCAGCAGCUGCCACGGGGGGCAUCACGUUUUUGAUAACAGUGAACCAGACAAAACGACAGAGUCCACACAACAGGUCGUACAGCUUCUGAACAAGGUAGACAAGAUUGUGGCAGACAAUGGAGGCAGUUGCUAUAGCAAUGAGAUGUUUAAGGAGGCUGAGAGGGCAAUCAGGGAGGCACAAGAGAGGAUUCUGGGAGAAAGAAGAUCAAAGUUGGAGUCCCCUCGGAAGGAGGGAGAAGACAAAGAGGAGCAGGGACCAGAGUUAGAGACGAGGAGGAGAAAAGAGGAGGGGAGGAGGGAGGAGGAAGCGGCCAGGAAGAGUGCGGAGAGGCUUUUCUGGUGCGAGCUGUUGACUGCGAUGGGGAAAGGUGCUGCAGAGGGGGCAGGGAUCACGGUGAAGGACAAAGGCAAAGGGAAAGCUGUGAAGAAGGUGAAGAUGGUGGAGAAGGCAGCAGCUCUGGCAGCAUCGCCGCUCUCCAUCAGCUCUGCUGCAAAAGUGGUGGGAGGGGCUGUGAGAGAGGGAAGUAAGGUGCUAUACAAACACCGAAAAACGUUACUGCACUGAUUGAAACUUGACUGACCACAUUCAGUGAGGUGUUUUUUCAGGAUACAAGGACAUAGUGGGGGCU